AUGUCGAAGGACGCUUUCAAGCAUCUUCCCCAGAAGUUGCACAACUUUUUCGUCCGGUAUCCGCCCCGGCCAUUUGCACAGUAUUCCUCCAGCCCCUCAACGUUGGAUAAACCUGAAAUGAACCCUUUUUUACCAAAUAAAAAUGCACAAACCGGAAGAUGGCACGGACCAAAAUACUCUUUGAGGCGAUCGGCAGACUUGUACAAGAUGGCAUACAAGUUCGGUAUAGCAGACUUGCUUCCUCCUAUUCCCCACAAGCGAUUCUACGCCGAUAAAUACGAAAACAAGAACUGGAUGAGAGGAGUGCUCUUCCAGAAGAAGCAUAAAUGGGAAAGACAGUUGCCUGAAAAACUUGCCCAGCGGGCUGAGGCCAUUGAGAAAAUGGACGAUAUUAUUGUUGAGGCAAGACCUACGUAUAAGAAGCAGUUGAAGAAGAGGGAACAGAAGAAGAGAACCUGGUGGUGA